UGCCCACUUGCUCUGCCUCAUACCGCACUAGUCUAGUCUGCGGACAAAGUCAUGGAGCCCGUGCCAGAACGCGUGCCUACCAUCGACGACCUCCGGGUAAAACUGUGCUGGAUAUGCCGGGAUGAGGAAUACCAUGACCAGCCGUCGGAGCCCCGGGUGCAAUGGGUCCACCCGUGCAGGUGCACCCUGAUCGCGCACGAGAGCUGCCUCCUGAACUGGAUACGCUCCGCACAGCAAGACGCCUCGCGCUCGCCGAACGCCCUCAAGUGCCCCCAGUGCGGCGCGCGAUACGAGAUCCGGAGCGAGAACCCGUUCCCCCUGCGGCUGCUCAACCACAUCAACACCAGCAUCUCGCUCGCGGGGAGGGCGGUGACGGUGUUUGGCUUCGCGACCGUCGUCGUGUCGUGUGGCUUUGGAAUGUACGUCAUGCUCACCUCCUAUGGUGCUUAUGCGGUGCAGGAGUUUCUGGGGAAGGAGAUGUUCGACCUGCUGCUCACAGAUGAUCCAACCAACUGGCCGUGGCACGCCUUCAUCAACCUGCCGCUCAUCCCCAUCUCCCUCGUCGCCACACGCACAAAGUACUUCGACACAGCCCCCGUGUUCCCGCUCUAUCUCGCCUGGACGACCUCGCCCGUCGCACAGAUCAUGACCGACAAGGUCCGGCUCGCCGACCUCGCCAGCUACCCCCAGCAGGCCCUCCUCCGCUGGCCGCCCUCGCCGAUCAUGGUGUCGUUCUGCCUGCCGAUCGUCGCCCGGCUCUACCGCCGGCUGAUGCGUCGCGUGCGCGGCUGGGUGCUCGGCCCCCAGCCGGCGCAGGACCUGCCGCUCCGCCGCAUCGAGCUCGCGCUGAACGAGGGCGGGCCCGCGCUCCACGUGCGCAUCGCGGCCGACCUGAACGCCCCAGACGGCGCACACCGGCAGGGCGCCGCCGCACCCGCACCCGUACCCGCACCCGCGCCUGCGCCUGCGGACGACCAGCAGCAGCAGCAGCAGCAGCAGCAGCAACCGCCGGCGAACAACCUAGACGACCCGGUCGCGGCCGCAGAGCAGACGGUGCGCGUGACGGGGACGUCGCUCGGGCGGUUCAUCGGCGGGGCGCUGAUGAUCCCGAAGCUGUCGAACUGGAUGGGCGCGGUGCUGCUCGGGCUCUCGCGGCACUCGGUGCUCCUGCGCCGGCUCCUCGGCGUGCGCCCGCCGCUGCGCCUCGGCGCGCACUCGCCGCGCGUGCGGUACGGCAACGCCGGCUGGCCGCCGGAGGGCGGCCUGCUUCACCAGCUCGGGACGAACCUCCGCGUCGUGCUCAACGUCAUCUGCGGAGGCACCAAGGUCUGGGCUGAAGCGGAUCCUGUGUGGUGGCGCAACACCGUCGGGCUCGGGAUCUUUGUCUUUGCGAAAGACUGCCUGGGUCUGUUGCAUGUCUACCUGACCAAGCGCGAGAUCGAGUCGCGACGGAUCAAGAACAAGUCUUUCGCAGGUAUCGACCCCAGGGAACUAGACCUCAUCGACCGACCUGCUCCUAACGGCACUGCUAUAUAACAUAAUCUCACCGCAUGCUCUGUUCAGCUCUCCACUCAUUGCUUGUCGUAUUGCUGUCACCAC